AUGAGCACGUCACCAAAGAGACUUCACGUUACUCGAUUUCCCUUGGGCAUAAGUGCAAGAGACUUGGGCAACGUCUUUGAAAGUAUCGGUCCCAUAUUUGAGUGCAGAAUUCCGUUUCGAGCACGCUACGCAUUCGUGGAAUACCUUGAUCCAGAAGACGCACUAACAGCAAUGACGAAAUUGAACGGGUACCUGAUGGAGGAUAAACAGCUGACGGUGUCUUGGGCUACUCAACGAAGCAACAACAAUAGCAUCAACAAUCACAUCCGUGCUCAGAAGGACAAUCCGAACCUCUGUCCACUGCCAGAGAAACCGAAUUCUCGUUAUGCCAUGCCGAACAGUGGUGCUGAUGAAGAAUCGAUUCAGGAAAAUUCAAAGGUAGUCCCAUCCCAGCAAUCUCCAAAAGCACCUUUGAGCGGAUGGGAAAGUGGUGAGAAUGCUGAAGGUGGUACAGGAAUUCGCAUUCGAGGGAUUUCCGAGUCUGGUGAGGCAUACCAGAACUCCCACUGUGGAUGGGAUUCUGGAAGUGAUCAAGAAUUCGACUUCACACCGGACGACAGCCCGGUCAAGACGAUCAGUCGCCCCAGAAGUGAAGGUGACGUACGCAUGCUGAAUAGCCAGGAGAAGCACUUGAUGAAAAACUCCGAGAGUGCUCCUUGCCUAUCCAAACGGAAACGUUCAUUCGGGGCUGUCGGAGGUCACGGCAAUACUGAAGCCCCAAAGCGUGCCCACGCAGAGGAAGGAUGGUGA